AUCCGGGCAUGGUUGGAUUGCGGUGCACAGUUUUCUAUUGUGACUGGUACGACAACACUCCGGAUCGAGGUGUCAGAACAGAUGCAUUUGGUGUCACAUCAGUACAUUCGAGGCGAAAACUGCCAUAUUAUGAUCCUUUCAUUCUUGCUUCUCAGGCCGAUCAGGUUUGUUAUAUCAAAUACCCCCGGGUUACGAACAGAGAUGAUCCAUGGGUUACUGUUACAGCACUCAACCCGAGAAGCCGAGUUCAAGGAAGUUCUGAGUUGGAAGACCCACUCCAACCAAACACAUCCGGCAACUUAAGUGCAGCAGGAGAUGUAGCUGCAGUUGAUCUUGUUAUCGAUUUCACCGAUUUUGGAGACGAAGCCGUUGUUCACGUCGAAGAUGAACCAGAGAUUGGAGAGUUUCACCAAGAUCCAGAUUCAGAUUCAUCUGGUGGUGAUGAUGGUGACUCGGGUUCAGAGGAUGAACCAGAGAUUGGAGAGUAGUAUAGUUUUUU